AUACACGUACGGUGACAGGCAAAAUGGAAUACGAGUAAAAAAAGGAGAAAAAGAAACCACAAAGUCUACAGAAAUCUUAAAACCCUAAUACUAUUUUCACCCGGAUUGAUCCAAAUCUUGCGAGAAUUCUGAGAAUCCGUUGUUGAUAUUUGUGAGGUUUUGAAGCAGAUUUAGCGAAAAUGUCUGCGGCAGUAUGCGGUAGCAAGAGAUCGUUCUUCGACGAACUCCCUUCUCCGUCAUCUCCUCCAUCGGCUUCUAAGAAGCUUCGCCGUUGCUCGUCUUCAUCGCCUCCUCCGAUUCGUUUGUCUCCUCCUUCUCUUGUUCAUCAGCUCCGUUCUGUGUUCCCUCUCAUGGAGCCCCAGCUUCUUCAGAAAGUAAUGGACGAAUGUGGAAAUGAUUUAGAUGCUACAGUCAAAAGACUGUGUGAGCUUGGAUUGGGGUCCUCAGAUGAAAUGUUGGGUUCUGCCGCAGAAUCAGAUGCAACUUUGGAGAAAGGAAAAUUUGCUGAUGCUGGAGAUCUGGCUGCAUCUGUGAACAACCUUCCUGUGGAUGGUGCUGGAUGGGUGGACCUGUUUGUGAGGGAAAUGCAAAGUGCUACUAGUCUGGAUGAUGCCAGAGCACGCACAUCAAGUCUGCUGAAGAUACUUGAAAAAUCCAUCUGUCAAAAAGCCGGGGAAGCUGUGGCCCAAAGUUUUCAGAAGGAGGGUUGUAUGCUGAAGGAACAAAUUGAAGGGGUGAUCCGAGAAAAUACAAUAUUGAAACGUGCUGUGGCUAUUCAGCAUGAACGGCAAAAAGAGUUUGAGGACAGGAACAAGGAGGUCCAGCACUUGAAGCAGUUAGUGUCUGAGUAUCAGGAACAGUUGAGAAAACUUGAGGUAAACAAUUAUGCCUUGAUGAUGCGUUUGAGACAGUCCCAACAAAGCAGCCCCAUCAUUGGACGUUUCAAUCCUGAUGUAUUCUAAUGAAGAUAUGAAGAUUUGGCUUUUGUUACAGUUUUCUGUGUUUUUGCUGAAGGAUUUAUUUAAGGUGCAGUUAAGUGGUUUUCGUUAAUGUUGCGCCCUAGUUCAGUGUUUUCUGAGGAGUUACUCAUUUGUGAUAUUUUGAGUACACAGAAAUAAUCCGUAGUACAUCUAUUUAAUAUCUAGCCUUUGUAAUCUACUGUAUUAAUCGAAACUGGAGAUCCUGCAUAUGCGCCUGUACAAACUACAAACAUAUAAGAGAAGCCAUUCAUUUUUGGCAAA